AACCCAUUUUCCGCCGUAUCAUAUGAUUGAUUGGUCAAAUUUUUUCAGGGAUUCAAAAACAACUUAACCAUUUAGUUUUCGUCGAGAAUCAUUCAAACAAAGAUAACGUUACGGAGAGAUGCAAGUGCUGGCAUCGUGCUCGGUGAACCCCAAUGGGAUCAGUUUACGGAAGAAGGGCUUACUGGGUCGAAGACAGCUUCUGUCGUCUGUCUGUUGCAGAAUUCCCCAGAACGACACCGUUUCAGGCCGACCCAUUUCUCCUGUAAGAAUUGUUGGAGAUUGGAGAUUGGACUUGGGAGAGUUGGUGAUGAAAACUGUCCCUUUGGCGACUAGGCGAAUGUUGUUGACGAGUGUUAUCAUGCAUCUGUGUUAUAAUCCUUCAAGGUACUCAUCAGCCCAAGCUCUUGGUGAUCCAUCGGUGACAGUUGAAGAUGUAAGCCCGCCCGUUUUUCCUUCCGGGCCACUUUUCCCUACCGAGGAGAGAAUUGUCCAGCUUUUUGAGAAAAAUACUUACUCAGUUGUCAAUAUCUUUGAUGUGACUUUAAGGCCUCAGCUCAAGAUGACGGGCGUGGUUGAGAUACCCGAAGGAAAUGGUUCAGGAGUAGUCUGGGAUGGUCGGGGUCACAUAGUGACCAAUUAUCAUGUUAUUGGCAAUGCCCUAUCAAGAAAUCCAAAGCCCGGUGAAGUGGUUGCUCGCGUUAAUAUUUUGGCAUCUGAUGGGGUGCAGAAGAAUUUUGUAGGAAAACUGGUUGGUGCUGAUCGUGCUAAGGACCUUGCUGUCUUGAAGGUAGAAGCCCCCGAAGAUAUUCUGAAACCGAUCAAAGUAGGGAAGUCAAAUGCUCUAAAAGUCGGGCAGGAGUGUUUAGCCAUCGGGAACCCAUUUGGAUUUGAUCACACACUUACAGUUGGUGUAAUCAGUGGCCUUAACCGGGAUAUAUUCAGUCAAGCCGGAGUUACAAUCGGUGGCGGGAUUCAAACCGAUGCCGCCAUCAACCCGGGAAAUAGCGGAGGUCCUCUACUGGAUUCGAAAGGAAACUUAAUCGGAAUCAACACUGCUAUAUUCACGCAGACCGGCACAUCUGCGGGUGUAGGAUUUGCCAUCCCGUCGUCGACAGUUCUCAAUAUUGUCCCUCAACUGAUACAAUUCAGCAAAGUUCGUCGAGCUGGUAUUAACGUGGAAAUAGCACCAGAUCUAGUUGCUAACCAGCUCAAUGUUCGAAACGGGGCUCUAGUCCUUCAGGUUCUGGGAAAUAGUUUGGCCGCCAAAGCGGGGAUACUUGCCACAUCUCGGGGGUUUGCGGGUAAUAUAGUUCUCGGAGAUAUCAUCGUUGCCAUCGACAACAAACCCGUGAAGAACAAAGCAGAGAUGACGAGGAUAUUGGAUGAAUACAAUGUGGGUGACAGAGUGGAACUGAAGAUUCAGAGAGGGUCUGAAGAUUUGGAGCUGCAGAUUGAGUUGGAAGAGAAGAGUUCAUAAACAAUUUGUGUCAUCUUUGGAUUAUAAAAAAAAAAAGGAUAUUAUCAAUCCGUACAUUCAAUCGAUUGUCUUCAAUGAUAUUACAUGAUUAAUAUCAUUGUACUCA